ACGGGCUGGUGUGUCCUGGGCACAGUUUGGGGUGGAGGGCCAGAUAUAGAGGCAGAGACCUGGGAGGGGCUGUCUCAUAGAAGCUAGUGCAAGGGUCUUUGAAAAACCAGAACUAGUACUCACUACAGAGCAGCAAGAGCCCAGCUGGAGGCCAUGAUGAACAGGUGGCCUCCUAGUAUCAGUCCUUUGGGUUCCUUCUGCCCUGCACCUCUCUUGAGCCUGUGACAACUGCCAUGGGACCUCUUGUGGGAAUGACCCCUCAAAGCUUCACACCCAGGCAUCCAAGUUCAGUGAUGGUCAUGCUGUGUCCAAGUAGACAUGGCUCCCCUUUCAGUGAGAAUCCAUGAUGCCCCUCUGUUGCUUCAACACAGGGUUUCUCGGCACAGCCUUGACUGUCCUGGCACUCCUAGACCAGGCUGGCCUCAUACUCAGAUCCACUUGCCUCUGCCUCCCAAAUACUGGGAUUAGAGGUGUGAACCACCACUGCCUGGCCCCAAUACACAGAAUUUUUAAAUUUGAAACCUAACCUUUAAAGUGUAGCUGAAUCUAGAAAGAUGGCUCAGUGGUGAAAAUCAUUUGCUGCAUGAGAAUAAGUGUUCAGAUUCCAGAACACAACUUGAUGCUCCAAGUACACCCGUCACAGCUCCUGGGGCAUGGAGGGUGAUGAGACUUGCCGAUUUCCAGCCUAGCCAAGAAAAUGUAAGCCCCGUGUUCAUUGAGAGACCGAAGGAAUGGGUGGGGAGUGAUGCCCACAUGCACACAGACAUCUUUAAUUCAAAAGGGAGUGUUGCUCUCCAUGUUCAGGUGUCAGUGUGUCAGGUCUAAGAAGGCAGAGGUGCAAAAAGGAGACAUGGUCCACACCUAUAAGAGUUUUCUGUGCAAACAUGAGGACCUGAGUUCAAAUUCCCACUAUGCAUGAAAAAAGCCAGGUAUUGUCAAAGAUGGCGAUGGGGAGGAUCGCUAUUUUCUGGCUGCCAGCAUAGCUCCAGGUUUAAAGAAACAUCCUGUCUCAAAAGAAUAAAGAGUGAUCAGGACACUCCACCGACUUGCUCCUCUGAUCUUUGCGCUCAUACAAUCCAUCUCCUUAAUGACUCCCUCCCCCAAAUCCAAAGGGAAAGACCUGCUGCUUGGAGCAUGGCACAAAAGGACCAGGCUGUGAGAGGCCGAGCCGGAGCUAAGGGUAGGGCUAUGUGGUGGUUGUGUGGGGCUGGGGGCCGGGCUGUGCAGGGCGUCGUUACAAUCCCUCAGCCUCUAGGAGCGUGGCCACGGGAGAGUAGCUGUGAACUCGGCAAAGGGGCGUGGCUACAGUCAACAGGUCUGGGGGCGGAGCUAUAAACUGAGUGGUGACAAGGGGCGUGGCUGUGCCAUUGGUGAAUGGACCGAGGGUGGGAGCUUAUGGGCGGAGUCUCAUGAGGGCCGGGCCUCGCAUGUUGGCCAGGAAUAGGAGCGGUGAAGGGUGGCGUCUCGGCCCCGCGCAGGGCGACCUUUGCGCGGGGCAGGUUCCUGGCACCCCAAAGCUCAAACUCGCUGCAGUCGCGGAGCCAAGCGUCUCGGAGGCUGCGCCCGGGUUGGAGCGCCGCUGCCAUGGACAUCCCGCCGCUAGCCAGCAAGACCACGGCGAUGUCGCUCGGCGCCCUGCCAGUGUCCUAUGCGCUCAACCACGUCUCAGUGCUCUCACAGCCCUUGUGUGUAGUGCUGAUGAGUGCGCUGAUACUGGGUCUGCUCUUCAUGGCCAUCUACAGCCUAUCUCAUGGGGAAAUCACCUAUGACCCGCUCUAUGCUGUCUUUGUGAUCUUCUCCUUCACUUCGGUGGUGGACCUCAUCAUUGCACUCCAGGAAGACGGCUACGUGAUGGGCUUUAUGGAUUUCUACACCAAGGAGGGUGAGCCCUACCUACGCACAGCACAUGGCAUCUUCAUCUGUUACUGGGAUGGUACUGUGCACUACCUGCUCUAUCUGGCCAUGGCCGGUGCCAUCCGCAAAAGGAAGAGGUACCGGAACCUUGGGCUCUACUGGCUGGGGUCCUUCGCCAUGAGCCUCCUGGUGUUCCUCCCGGGAAACAUCCUUGGUAAAUACAGUUCAGAGAUCAGACCUGCCUUCUUCCUCACCAUUCUAUACAUGCUGGUCCCAUGCUGGGCUGGUGUGAGAAUCUUCAGUCAGUCCCGUACACCUACCUCCUACACCCCCGACAUGGUACAGGAGGAACAGAAGAAAGGCCUCCUACAGCGCCCAGCUGACCUGACACUCAUCAUCUACCUCAUCCUUGCUGCCUUCUUUGCUCUCUUCCGGGGCCUGGUGGUACUUGACUGCCCCACAGACGCCUGCUUCAUCUAUAUUUAUCAAUAUGAGCCAUACCUGCGGGACCCUGUGGCCUACCCAAAGCUGCAGAUGCUGAUGUAUUUGUUCUAUGCUCUGCCUUUCUACUGUCUGGCUGCCUAUGCCCUCACCUUCCCUGGUUGCUCCUGGCUGCCAGACUGGGCCUUGGUGUUCGCCGGAGCCAUUGGCCAGGCGCAGUUCUCACACAUGGGUGCAUCCAUGCACCUGCGUACACCCUUCACUUACCGCGUGCCUGAGGACACCUGGACCACCUUCUUUCUGAGCAACAUGCUGUUUGCACUGGGUCCGCAUCUGCUAGCUUUCCGAUGCCUCUGGCGGCCUGCCUUCUUCCUGCAGGCCCCGCCCUGGGCUUCCGAGGGCCCAGGCAAGAAGCAACAGUGAGCAUAUGCCCUCUUCUCUGCUAGGAACUACCUGUGCAGCACGCCUGACCCUCCAAGGAUGGGUUGACCCUUUUAAAGCUGGACGGACAUCUGGGGGAUUGCAAUCCAGGCCAGAAGGGAGCGUAGGAGACCCACGACCAGAUGUUCUCACUAUGUCACUGUGUCCCAAAGACCAGAAGUACCCUAAUGUCCUCCCUUGGAAUUUACCCAUCACUACCCCCAUCCUUUUAAUAAAAGCACUUUUGAUGUCUAGGA